AUGAGCGAGCAGUGGUACGUCAUGAGGAGGAUUGGAUGGUUGAAGAGGUAUACUCAGAACGGAGUAAAUACACCAGGGGAUCUGGGGGAGGAGGAACCGCAGAAGAAAUCAUAUCGCCAAGCCUGUUCGUCUAAAGACAACGGGCCAAGCUGUGACGAAGAGGACGAGGAAGCAUGGUGGUUUGAUGAGGGUUGGCGUAAUAAAGUCAGGGUGGAACAAACGACGAAGGGCCCUAACGUCAUAAUCAUGCUAGAAUUCAAGGAGAAACUAGCCAGAAAAUGGAGGUUGUCCUUGAUUGUACGACUCUUAGGGCGGAUGGUCCGUGAAGAAUAUCUAGGGCAGAAACUACAAAAGUUAUGGGGCUACAAUAGGGAUGUUGAAACCUUAGAGAUUGGGUCAGGGUACUUCAUAGUUAACUUCACCCACACCAAUGACUACGAAUAUGCGCUUACAGGCGGACCUUGGCUUGUUCUGGGACAUUAUCUGAAUGUACAACCGUGGAAACCUGACUUUGAUCCAGACGAAGAGGAGGUGUCAAAGGUUGCGGCCUGGAUAUGUAUACCGAAGUUUCCAAUGGAUUACUAUGACAUGGGAAUCUUAUAUGUGGUGGGAAGUCAAAUUGGAACAAUUUUAAGGGUAGAUAAGAACACCCUUUCUCACUCCAAAGGUUGA